AUGUCUGACACUGAAGAGAGUUGGGACGCUGCGAGUGAGGAAGAGGAAGUUCCCGCUAAGCCCGUAGCCGCCAAGUCGCCGGUAGCCGCCAAGCCCGUAGCCGCCAAGUCGCCGGUGGCUGGGAAGCCGGCAAAGUCGCCAGUUGCAGCAGAGUACGGUGUGGCUGUUAAGGAGUUUAAGGUUCCUGCCAGGUUACUGACGCCAUGUGACGACCCGGAGCAAGAACGGUUGCGGUUGCAGAAGAUAAACGAGCUGCGUGAGCGACAGAUGGCUGGCGACAUGUUCGGUCUGGACGACCAUGACUCUAGUUCCGAGGAUUCGGACGACCCGUUCAACUUUAGAGCUAAAGCUCUUGUCGAGGGAGCUAAGAAGAAGGCCGUCGCCAAAGAGCCGGAAGUUACCAAGGACCCGUAUGAGGGUGUCAAGGUGAACAGGCUAACCGAAGUCGACGCUCUCUGCGACAACUUACAAAUCAAAAUUUCCAAGUCGCCGGCCAAGUCAGGCAUCUGGCUCCAGUUCCUAGAUAGACUGCUCGGAAUGGUCGCAGGCAAGAUGGAGCCCUCAGACCUCCAAAGCUUCGAGAAGAAACUACGGGACGCCAUUGCCCGGAGAACCAGAGAGAAGAACAUUCAAUUCUCCUCAUCCAAAAAAGGCACUGACCUGAAAGUAAAUCUUAAGAACCCUCAGGCAGAGCUGGCCGUUGUGGAGGGUUAUGAUGACGACGCAGACGACUAUUCGGACGACGACUAUGACUAUGAGUUCGAUUAG